AUGGAUUCCAACAACAGUGAUAGACUAUUUCGUUUUCCCUUCUCGCUCCCCAAACUUCACGGGGUAAGAACGGUAAGUGUCUACUUAUCAGGUAUAUUUUACGCCUUAGGGUUUUGGGUCUUCCUCGAUGCAGCAUUAUAUUCCAAGCAUUCCAAUGCAUCCGAUGUCCAUGUGACGUUUAUCGACUGGAUCCCAUUCCUUUGCAGUACAUUUGGGAUGCUUAUUGUGAAUUCCAUUGAGAAGAAUAGAUUGUUACAGGGUGCAUUAUCCAAUGAUGGUGGUAUAUCGUCUUCGUUUGGCGGAGUGGAUGAAGCAAUGGCAUGGCAGGCACGUUCUAUUUUAUUUUUUGGAUUUGCAUUGUUGGCUGGUGGAUUAUCUGGAUCUAUUGUUGUUUUAAUUAUUAAAUUCUUAGUUAAGGAUUAUACGAGUUAUCCUACUGUUGGUAUGGGUAUUAAUAAUGUGUUGGGGAAUAUAUUUAUUCUGAUUAGUUGCGUGGUUCUUUGGAUUGCACAGAAUAUUGAAGAUGAAUAUUCUUACUCUUUAACUUUAUAA